CUCCAUCCACGCACCCCCCAACACCGAGCCAUCUUGAGCUCUCCUCUCCUCUCCCCUCCCCUCCUCUCUUUCUAGGCCUGCAGCCAUGUCGUUCUGUCCCAGCUCCCACAUCCAUGCAACCCCCUCCACACCUCCUCCAAAUCCCAAGAAUGAUCCCUGCACCCAAAUCACCCUUCCAUCCCAACUCCAAGACCCUGAAUCCAACCAAAAACCUGUUCCCAUAGACUACUCGGCUCGAUCCCAGUGGCUCCGUGCCGCCGUCCUCGGAGCCAACGACGGCCUUGUCUCGGUAGCCUCCCUGAUGAUCGGCGUAGGGGCCGUGAACCAGACUGCGAAGGCCAUGCUCGUCUCGGGCCUCGCCGGCCUCGUCGCAGGGGCUUGCAGCAUGGCCAUCGGCGAGUUCGUCUCGGUCUAUGCUCAAUACGAUAUCGAGGUGGCCCAGAUGGAGCGGGCGACCCUCGAGAGCAGGGAAAGCAGCAACAAGGAGAAGGAGAGCUUGCCCAGCCCUCUGAUGGCUGCCGGGGCCUCGGCGUUGGCCUUCGCGGUGGGGGCCCUGUUGCCUUUGUUGGCAGGAGGGUUUAUAAAGUCGUGGGGUGUAAGGGUAGGGGUGGUGUGUGCUGUGAGUACGCUGGGGUUGGCAGGUUUCGGUGCGGCUGGGGCAGUCCUUGGUGGAGCCAACAUUUCCAAGUCCUCGCUGAGGGUGCUGGUUGGAGGAUGGUUGGCUAUGUUGGUCACCUAUGGAGUUCUUAGGCUCUUUGGGCUUGUUUUCAAGAUGCAUGUGUCCUCAGCUUAGGUUGCUUUUUGCUUAAGAAAUUUAGAUUCCUAUGUUUGGGGAAAGUUAUAUUCUUAGGUUGGAUUCUCCUAGAAGUGGAGGGGGAGAAGCUGUACUUGAAUGUUAGCAUCUUUUAUUUAGCUUUUUUAAGAUACAAAAUGGCUCUAA